GUUUAAUGUUAGUCGGACUCAUAUAUAGUAAGACUAAUUUAUUGUACACACAGAAAAGAUGAAUAGUCUGCCGCAACUGCUUCUGGGUCUAUGCCUGCUGCUUUCUUUUCAAAUGGCUUUUACCUGGAAGAACGAAUGGGACCGUCCAUUAAACUUUCAGUGUCCUCUGCAAACCCAAGCCAUCGACGCUGUUGUGUCAUAUCAUCGAGAUAAUUACGAAGACAGGCGUUAUGAACUCCAUUGUGGAAAUGUUAUAAGAACUUCAGAUGUAGCUGUGAACUGUGAAUGGACUGGAUACGUCAACGACUUUGACCAAGUUGUCCAUUUCCAAUGUCCUGGUGCAGGAUACAUUAAUGGAAUGGCAAGUUAUCACCGCGAUUCUUAUGAAGACAGACGUCACAAAUUUCGUUGCUGUGGACCAAAAAGUUCAAAUUACUAUUACCGUAAUUGCAGAUGGACUGGAUGGCUGAAUAACUUUGAUGAUCCAGUGGCGUAUUUUGUUCCUGACGGUUAUGUUUUGCGUGGAGUCAACAGUGUCCAUAACGAUGAUUAUGAGGACCGCAGAUUUCAGUUUGAAGUAUGUCAACUCCUCACAAGAAAAUAAUUGGAUUGUUUUUCUCAGUACAUAUGACAAUAUAGCAGAGAAAAUAAAGGCGAUUUUUAAACGUUUA